GAGAUCACGCCACUGCACUCCAGUCUGGCGACAGAGUGAGACUCCGUCUCAAAAAAAAAAGUGUAUCAGAAGUGAGAGGCUAAACCAGAGCCCGAAGUUACUCAUGGAAAUCCCAUGACCCCUCUGCAUGGUCACCAGUGUCUCCUGGACAGGGACCCAGCUGCAAAGAGCCCGAGAAGGGGUGAAGCCCACUGGGGCUUGGACUGGGUCCCCACCCCCAGCUCUUCUUCGGGCUGUGUGGCCUGGACCAGUCUCAGUGCCAGGUUCCUCAUCUGGCGGCCACCCCUGCUGAGCUGUUCCCGCUUUGCUUCUGAGCGGAAGGUUGGGGCUGCCAGGGAGGAGUUUCGUGGGGAAAGCAAAGGGGAAGCUGUCAGCGCCGGCUGCCAGCCGUCCCCUCCUGUGAACUAAAGAGUCGCCUUGGACAGGCAGGCCCCCGGAUGGAGAGCCAGCCUCCGAGGUGGUGGGCACUGCCCGGCUCCGCACACCCUCCCAGGCCCCCCACGGCCCCCCAGCUCCUCCUUGGCCUGCUGCUGUUGCCCGGGACCCUGCAACUGGCAGGAGGACAGUCGGUGACCCACAGCAGCCUGCCCAUCGUGGCCUCACUGGCCAACUCACCUGUCUCCUUCAGCUGCAGGGUCACCUACCCGUAUACCCCCCAAUUCAAGUCUUUCACAGUCAGCUACUUUCAUGAAGAUCUCCAUGGGCAGAGGAGCCCUGAGAAGCCAACCAACUGCCACCCUGGACUGGGCACAGAGAACCAGACCUACACCCUGAACUGCCUGGUCACCCUUGUGCCGCCGGGUGCAUUAGCCACUGGCACCUACUACUGCUCUGUCCACUGGCCACACACCGUGGCAAGAGGCAGCGGCACCUUCAUCCUGGUCAGAGACACAGGGUACCGAGAGCCCCCGCAGAGCCCCCAGAAGCUCCUGCUCUUUGGCUUCACCGGCCUCCUGAGUGUCCUGGGUGUUGUGGGCACAGCCCUGCUGCUCUGGAAGAAGAGGCAGAUGCAGGCUCCACGGAAGGACCCCGCCAGGAAGCGCCCAGCUCCAAGAUCUGCCAGCAGCCCCAAGGAGGCUCCUGCAGAAUCCGUGUACACAGCUCUGCAGCGCCGCGAGACCGAGGUCUAUGCCUGCAUCGAGAGUGAGAAUGGCAGCCCACCCACUGCCACGCACAGCCCGCUCUCCAAGGAGAAACUGCAUAGAUUCCAAGAUGACGAUGAACUUAACCUGGUCUAUGAAAACCUCUAGAAUGGGCUCCACGGCCUGCAGAGCUUGCCCUGGGUCAGAGGACCGGGCAGCCCCUGCCACCAAAGGACUUGACCUGAACUGGGAGAAAGGCCCCCAGAGACACCCCAUCAUCUCACCCUCACAUUCAAGGCCCUUUCUGCCUUGGCUGGCCCCGCUCCCCCUAUUCUGUGACUCGGCCACCAAGGGUUUCACAUCUUGGG